UUUUUCUAAAAUAAUAAUUUUACUGAAAAAUGUUAGUAACUGUUGUACAUACAUACAAUUAUAUAGAAAGAAUGUGGAGAUAAUACAGAGAUUACUUCAUACCGUUAAUUGAAAGUACCAUUACGUUUUAAGUGAAUAAUCGUUUUGUCUCAUGACGUUCGGACCACUUUGCUACAUCCUAUGUACACAGAUUGUUAUCUUAUCUCUAAAUUUUUAUGUUAUAUAUUACACAAUCUUGUAAAUAUCAUGUGAUGAUUAUUACGUGACGUUGUAAACAUUAUUUUGCUGUCUUAACGAAAUUAUCUCAAUUCUGACGGAAAUAUAUACUUGGUUUAAGAUAAUAAUUUGAUUAAAAUCUAAUCCAUAGGAUCUUGAUACGAGAAAUCUUUAUUGACAAGUAAGUAGACAAGUCUACCAAUUUGUGCAGGGUUAUAUCAGUGGUAUUUAUGAUAGAUAAUUAUAUCUUGAUAUAAUUUUUAAUAUUAAAAGAAAAAAUUUACUGAAGUACUUUUAACAUAUUGGUUCUUUGUAAUAUCUACAUUACGUAACGUGAUAUUAAUAUAAAUUAAAUAUUGCAAAUUAAAGCGGAAAGGUAAGCAAAGUUAUCCGUAAUAUUUCAAAGUAAAAUAAAAUAAAUUUAUUAUAUGAUACAUAAUAAUAUAUUAAUUCAAUUAAUCUCUCUCUCUCUCUCUCUCUCUCUCUCAAGUCGGUCCUUCAUGAUUAAAAAUCGUGAUCUCCAUGCUUGCUCCAUGGACUAUCUUGGCAAAAAUCUACUCUUGGUGGUUUACCGUUGUCUUCCGAGGUGAUAAUUAAUUAAAAUUUUGAUAUUCUAUCAUGGACUUGAACUUGGAUCUUUGAAAGCAAACACACGCGCAAUUACACAACGAUCACUAUUAUGCCAUAAAUUUAAUUACUAAUCAAAGUAACAUUCCUGAAAUAAUAUUAUUAUAAAAAUGCUUUUUCAGUUUCCAUAUUUUUAUUUUAUAAAAGAUAAUUCUUAGAAGCUCAUGCGUGUAAAAAUUUGCGAAAUGUGUGUAUUUAAAUUUAUAAAUUGAUUAGACAACAAUUCUGAUAGGUCGACGUCUAAUAAAGACGAAAUCGGAAGCAUUUCUUAUUGGUUAAUUCAAAAAAGUUCAUCCUCCAUAAUCGCCACGAAGUCACUCUUUGUAUUCUGCACUGCUCUACACUCUGUGCUAUCUAGUGCAAUAGCGCUCAGUUAGGUUAGGUGAGGUUAAAUCGACGUAUGCAAGGUUAUGUCAAAUGUUUGAAAACGUCAAGGAGUCUGUAGUUUGCACGACAAUUAUACAUAUGGAAUACUCUGUUUAUUAUAAAUUCGAGCGAAUUGAAAAUGAAUGACGACGAGGUGAACUAUCCGAACGAGGAAGAGAACGAAUUCUAUUUCGAAUCUGAUCAUCUUGCACUAAGGGGCAACAAGGAUUACAGCGCUUUCCUGAAAACAAUAGUUAUCCUUGAGGCUCAGCGAGCUCGAGCCAUAGAAGAUCUAGACAAGCUUAUGUCCGUGCGUGCCGAGGCACUGAAAGAUCCGAUAUCAUUUGUGGCGCAACUGCAGAACGGUGAUCUUCCGGAGCUACCCGGUCCGCAGAAGAUCGCGGAGAUUCCAUAUGUCGACUGGUCGCAAUAUAACAUUGCGUUGCCAGAUGUACGCAUGAGGCCGCAAACUCGACACGGACACGUACUGCCUCAGCAAAUAAAAACUGAACAGGAAGAUGGGAAGAUUUUAGUCAGAGGUCGUGCUUUCGAUGAAAGCAAGCCUGAGACUUUCAAUCAACUGUGGACAGUGGAAGAGCAAAGGCGACUCGAGGAACUCUUAGUCGAGUACCCACCAGAAGAAAUAGAAAUGAGACGUUGGACCAAGAUAGCAAAUGCAUUAGGAAAUCGAACACCCAAGCAAGUAUCUAGUAGAGUUCAAAAGUAUUUUAUAAAACUUCUAAGGGCAGGUUUGCCUAUACCAGGAAGAGGACCUAAGCUUUCAUCAAAAGUGGAUAUCAAGAAAAGUUUCACUCAUAAACAGCGUAGUAAUCACUUAUUUAAACGUUCAACCUUCUUCCCACAUCAAGACAUUUCAUUUAAUUCAGAUGAAAGUAAGGAACAGCCUGUAGCAGAAGAAUCUGAGGAUGAGGCAUCAAACGGAGGAAGCUAUGAUAAUCCUGAAUUAAGGCAAAUCAAUUUAUUGCGUCAAGUAAAAGCUGAAAAGGAACAGGAUUCUCCUGUAUACAAACAUGUUGGUUACAAAUGUACAGUGUGUGGUGAGGAACCUUUAAAGGGUACCAGAUGGCAUUGUGCAGAAUGUCAUAAUGGAAUUGAUCUAUGUGGUGAUUGUGCAGUGGUACAAUUGGAAGCAGAAAAUCCCUUACAUGAUCCAUACCAUAGAUUAAUUCCUAUAAAACCUCCACAAUGUACUAGAAGUUAUGAUUUAGAUUAUUUUCCACAAAAUUUUAGCAAUUCUUCCUACAAUUAUCUCGAUCCAAAUUUCCUGCCUGAAUAAUCCAAAUAGAUAAAUUUCUUUUAAAUAAAAUACAAUGUACAAUAUAAUUUAUAAGAUAAAAAAUAAUUUAUUAAAAACAAUGUUCAUACAGUGGUAGAUUCAGUUGGUAGAUGCAUAUUUUAAACGAAUUUUCGUCUGAAAUUGAUUAAAUGUCCCAUUUUUUAUAUUAGUGCGAAUGACACUGAAGAAUUGAAGGUAAUGAUGAAUGUUGUGUCUGAAAUUACAACAAAGUGUUAAUCAACGUACACGAGAUUAAUAAAUCAUAAUUUAUAAAUACAUACAUCAUUAAAAGUACUGAAGCAAGCAUUUCCUUGGUAUGAUGCAAAUGAUGGAUGUAUGCUCUUGUAUGAUUUUGACACGCAAGACAUUUGCAUUGUUUACAAAUAGGGGAAAAAUCGUCUGCAUA